AUGCCAAUUCGACCACCCGCUCAACCUCUCCCUUCUUCAUCUUCAUCUUCAAUCCAACAUCCACAUUACAUCGCACCUUCGUUAUAUCAAUUAUUCUCAAAUAUGACAUUCCAUAUCAUCAGCGCCAAACUGGAACCUGAAUUGGGGAAAUUAUAUUCAUGCAUAGACGAAUUAGGCGGGAGAUGCGUAGGGAUUGAGGAAGGGAGUUUCGUAAUUAGUGCUAUCAAAGGAAGACCUAGGUUGAUCAGAAGUCUAGGUGAAUGGGUCGAUCAAAAACCAAUUCUCACACCCGAAUACAUAUUCGAUACGUAUACUACCUGUUUGGAAUAUGCAGCAAAUGGAGAUCCAUCAAACCCACCAAAGUUACCUGUCCGAUCCAAAUACAUGAUUAGUCCAGGACCAAAACCCAUUAAACCGAUAUCAUUCCCUAUACCCAUAUUUAUAGAAAGUGAUGAUGAAGAUGAUCGACCUCCGACCAAGAGACGCAAGAUAAAAGACGAGGAUACAGAGGAUGGUCUUUCAUUCGUUAAAAAGGAAGAAGAUCUUUCAAUUGAUAUGCAACCUCUUCACGAUGAUGUAAAAUUCGAGGAUAUCCCUGCUUUAUGCGUACAUAGAGCUAGUCCCUUGGUAUGCGUCAAUCAAGACUUAAUCAACGCCAUCAGACCUAUCAUCGAAGAAAGGGAGUUUGAAGAAACGCAACAGAAGAAUUCAAAUGUCCUAAGUUACAGAAGGAGCUUAAGUAUGCUGAAAUCUGUCCCGAGACCCAUAAAAUCGGGUAAAGAAGCUAUGAAAUUACUUGGAGUAGGAGAGAAAGUCGCUCAGAGGAUUGACGAAUAUCUCCAAACUGGGAUGGUGAUGGAAUCGGAGAAAAUCAGCUCUUCAGAACGAUUUCAAGCAUUAAACCUAUUCUCAUCAGUGUACACAAUAGGACACCAUAAAGCCAAAGAAUUAUACGAUAGACACUAUUGCAGGACUUUGGAGGACGUAAGAAUGCACUUCGAAGCUGUAGAAGAAGAAUCUCCGGAAGUAAGGAUGAAAGACAAGUUGAGAAGAAGAAGAAGAGGUGGGAUGAAACAAGUUGAGAUUGUUGAAGAAUGGAUUCGACUGAAAGAUGAAUUAGAUCAAAAGAUAUCUCGGGAAGAAGUUGAAGAGAUUGCUGAAUGCGUUUUGGAACAUCUUGAAGCUUAUAUACCUGGAUGUGAAUAUACGGUAUGCGGAGGUUAUCGGAGAGGUAAACCUGCUUCAAAUGAUGUUGACGUUAUCUUUCGACCACCUGGAAUGGAUCAAGAUAUAGGUCUAUUGAAAGAUCUGUAUUUACGAUUAUCAGAUUUGGGUAUCAUCACUCAUGUUUUACACGUUACGCAUAGGGAUGCGAUGGCCCCUAUUCACGCUUCUCCUCAAAACUUUGAUAAUCUGGAUAAAGCAUUUGUGAUUUUCAAACUUCCUGGCCCGGGUAGAUUACACCGUCGAGUCGAUUUGAUUUCUGCUCCAAGUGAUAGAUAUGCUAGUGCUAUUUUGAGCUGGUCAGGGAGCAUGAUGUUUGAGCGGGAUCUGAAACGGUAUUCUGAGAACGUACGAGGAUACAAGUUCAGAGCUGGUCUAAUACAAAUGUCAACGGGAGAUGAGGUGAAUCUUGAAACGGAAAGAGAUAUCUUCAGAUUUCUUGGAUUGAAAUAUGUUCCUCCCGAAUUGCGGAAUGCGGAUGGAUAG